GCGGGACUGCCCCCGGGCCAUGGCGUUCCUGGCCGGGCCGCGCCUGCUGGACUGGGCCAGCUCACCGCCGCACCUGCAGUUCAACAAGUUCGUGCUGACCGGCUACCGGCCGGCCAGCAGCGGCUCGGGCUGCCUGCGCAGCCUCUUCUAUCUGCACAACGAGCUGGGCAACAUCUACACGCACGGGCUGGCCUUGUUAGGCUUCCUGGUGCUGCUGCCCAUGACUGUGCCCUGGGGCCAGCUGGGUAAGGACGGCUGGCUUGGGGGCACACACUGUGUGGCCUGCCUGGCACCCCCUGCUGGCUCUGUGCUCUACCACCUCUUCAUGUGCCACCAAGGGGGCAGCCCUGUGUACGCCCGGCUCCUGGCCCUGGACAUGUGUGGCGUCUGCUUGGUCAACACACUCGGAGCCCUGCCCAUUAUCCAUUGUACACUGGCCUGCAGGCCCUGGCUGCGCCCAGCCGCUCUGCUGGGCUACACGGUGCUCUCGGGGGUGGCUGGCUGGAGGGCCCUCACUGCCCCGUCGACCAGCGCCCGUCUCCGCGCCUUUGGCUGGCAGGCUGGAGCUCGUCUCCUGGUGUUUGGGGCCCGGGGGGUGGGACUGGGCUCUGGGGCCCCAGGCUCCCUGCCCUGUUACCUGCGCAUGGACGCGCUGGCGCUGCUCGGGGGGCUGGUGAACGUGGCCCGCCUGCCCGAGCGCUGGGGACCUGGCCGCUUUGACUACUGGGGCAACUCCCACCAGAUCAUGCACCUGCUCAGCGUGGGCUCCAUCUUGCAGUUGCACGCCGGUGUCGUGCCCGACCUGCUCUGGGCUGCCCGCCAUGCCUGCCCACCAGACUGAGCUGUGGUCCCUGGGGCCAGCACCACACACUAACCCUGUGCUGGUCUGCAAGGGGCCGGCUCCCCAAUGCUUCCAGCAAAUGUGGGACUUCACACCAGAGCCUUCGUCCACUCGUUCUUCCUGUGGUCAAGCUGCCUCUACGCUACUCCUCCCAGAGCACUGACUGAACUGGGCUGGUUGGAAAGGAACUCGGGCCUCAGUUUACCCCCUGGGAUCCGGGAAGGACUGAGAGACAUGGCUUGCUGUGACCAUUGGAGUUCUACCAGCUUGCUGCCCCCCUCACCAGCAACCCUCUUGGACCUCUUGCGGGCCCCCUGGCCCAGCCUUGGCGCCUACUUCCUGACCACAGCCUGUUUCCUGCAUGCCAGC